AUGCCUACCGUCACUAGAAAAGAUGAAGGAGAGCUCAUGCAGCUCGCAUCGUCAAUCCACCAGGCAGCUGCCAACAUGACGGCGUUCUGCGAGGCUGAAGGUCUACAGCAGCCGUCAUUGUCUUUGGCUCCAGACGUCCCACGGAGCCUCCAGAACGCGCCAUAUUUCGAGGCUAGGGACGCGCUCCUCGCCCAGGCCGAACAACUCGUCCGUCUGAUCCGUGGUCCAAGGGAGCACCUGAUCAGCCUGAGCCUGGAGCACUGCGCAACCGCCUCUCUGCACGUCAUCAUGAAGUACAGGCUGGCCAGGCACGUGCCGCUCAAGGGCACGACUACGUACGCGGCUAUCGCCAAGUCGGUGGGCAAAAGGGAGAUGACGGCGGCGCUGGUCGGGCGGGUGCUCGAGCACGCUGCGACUUACGAUCUGUUCAAUGUGAGGAGCGGCGGGCUGGUGUCGCACAACAUCACGUCGUCCCUGCUCGUCAUGGACCCGGACCUCGAAUCCUGGAUGGAGCUCAACGCCACCGUAGCCUACCCUGCCGGCGCAGCCCUGGUGAAAGCUCUGGAGAUGUACGGGUACAGCCCGGAAUCGGACGAGGCCCCGUUCGGAGUUGCGGUCGGACGCAAGAUUACUCAGUUCCAGCACUUCCGAGAGCCGGACGCGGACGGCAAGCAGUACCACGAGAUAUUCGCGCGUGCCAUGAAGGGCAUCGGCGCCGAGGGCAGCUAUGACUACCAGCACGUCGUGGACGGGGGCUACCCUUGGCACGAGCUGGAGAGGGGUGGUGGUCAUCUGGUGGUGGACAUUGGCGGCGGAACCGGCCACGUCUCGGUCGCCCUGGCGAAAAAGUACCCAAAGCUAAGGUUCGAGGUCCAGGACCUCCCGGAGACCAUCGCAAUGGGCGAGGAGCUUUGUCCGGCUGCGCUCAAGGACCGAAUCAAGUUCCGGGCCAACGACUUCAUGACACCGCAAACGCCGCGGCAGGAUGUUGAAAACGAGGGCGUUGCGUACUUUUGCCGUUGGAUCCUCCACGACUGGAGCGACAAGUAUGCGACCAAAAUCCUGCAGGGUCUUGUGUCUGCUUUGCGACCAGGAGAUAGAAUCAUCAUCAACGAAUUCCUUCUGCCGGAACCGGGAACGGCAGAUCGACGUCGGGCGCGAAGGGUGCAUGAUAACGAUAUACUGAUGCUGAUAAAUCUCAAUGGCCGCGAGCGAAACGUUGGAACGUUUGAGGAAUUGGGUAAAUCCGUGACGCCUCAGUUGAAGGUGCACCGAGUUCAUCGCCUGACGCAAGGCGAGCUUUCCAUCAUUGAGAUGGUCCGUUGUGACUCUACUCUGUAG